CUAAAUACUCGUAAUGUAUUAUAUUGUAUUAUUCAUAACAUUAGAAAGUGCUAUUUAAUAGAGAAUAAAAAGCUUAUAUAUAUAUUUUAUUAAAUAUUUAUGUAUUUUAGCAUUCAGAUAUUUGUUUACCAAGAAAUCUUAUCAAAUAAUUAAGUAAAAUGCGAGGAUCUUUGUACAUUGGUGAAUUUUACAUUUACCUAUGGUAUCUUUUUAUGAUAAUUAAAAUCUCAUUUUCAAUGAGUAUAUGAGUUUUGAACCCGAAUGUGGAGAACAUACACCUUGGUAUUCUCAUUUCACCAUUCAUACAUGUUUUACAAAAUUUAAAGUACGGAGUAUCAUGAAAUCCUCUAACCAAUGGAUUUCAAGAUGAUCUUUCGGGCAACUCUAUGAACCUGAGAUCAUGCUAGUAGAGUUUCACUUCCUUUUAUCACUAUGAGUAUCAGCAACUUGUUAUAAAAUCUACCGAAAAUUCAAUAGUUUAAUAUUUGAGAAAUACGAGCAUAUUUUCAGUACGAUAAGUAAACAUUAAGAUAAGACAUAUACCAAAUCAGAAUCAUUCUACAGUCACCUUAGUCAACUUUAAGAAACAUCAUUUGCAAUCGUUUAGCAUUUCAUGCUUCAGUUAACUUUGGAAUGUCAUGCGUGACAGAUAGACUGAUCUACUUGACCAACAAAACUUUGUGCCUUCUCCACUCAAUAAAACUGUAAGCCUCCAUUCAUCAUUGACUACCGCUUCUAAUAUCUCUGUUAACAUUCAAAUAGAAAUAGUUUUCAUUUAUUGUGAUGCACCAUUUAAGAAAAUACAAGUCGAUAAUGGUUUCUUUUGAAAAUUUUUCACAUCAACAAAUGAUGUUUGGCGCAAUUUGUUCAGAAGAUCAACAGAUUUAAUCUUUGGAUUAUGUUUACUGCUAUUCAACUAUGCAGACGUCUAUAUCGACAACAAAAUAUCAAAUAUUUCAUUAUAUACUUAUUUUUGAAACGGCUUCUCCAGAUUUGUAUUAUCUUAUUUUUUUUAAAUAUCAUAUUGUGUACUAUAAUUUUCAUAUACAAUAUAAAACACUUGCCUGUGGUGUCUCAAGAGCCUGGAAUUUCUCAAAAAUCAGCAGCCAUUAGUAAUCAUACUAGCAUUGUGAAUACACCGAGUCAGUCAGGACUUUUUGAAGAAAAUAUCAAACGAUAUUCUCAAAAAUAUUAUCAAUAUUUUGAAACAAACAAAACAAAUUAUAUUGAACCAGUUUUAUUGCCAUCAAAUCAUUGUGAUGUUAUAACAAAUAAAAAUUUAACAAAUAUUAUCAUAUUCAUUAAAUCAACAGUUCAUGAAUUCGAAUUACGUCGAUCAUUACGAAAUACAUGGGCCAAUGUCCAAUGCUACACUAGAUAUACCAUCAGACCACAUAUUUAUUUCACAUUAGGCAGAGAAAACUCUUCGAAUUGGAUCAAUGCUACAAUACAAUCGAAAUUAUUAGUUGAACACGAACAAUAUCAUGAUAUUCUUCAGUUUAAUUUUAUUGAAAGUUAUUAUAAUUUAACAAGAAAACUUAUUGGAAGCAUUGAAUAUUAUGCUACAUUUCAUUGUUCAAAUGCGAAAUUUGUUAUUUUCAUUGAUCAAGAUUUUAUUGUGAAUCCAGCUAAUCUGGCGAAAUUUCUUUUAAGCAUUACAAAGACACAAUAUUCCAAAUUGGUUGCUGGUUACGUGAUUAAAAAUGCCAAACCAUUUCGUGCUUUAAAUAGUAAAUGGUUUAUAUCCAGACAAAUUUAUCCAUUUGAUUCGUAUCCCGAUUAUCCACUUGGUGGAACAAUGAUCUUUAGUAGGCCGGUUAUUAUUACCAUGAAUGAGCAAUUGCGUCAUAUGAGACUGUUUCCAUUUGACGAUGUUUUAAUUGGUAUUAUUUUGGAGAAAUUAAAAAUUCCAAUUAUUCAUUUAGAAAAUAUCUUACCAUCAAAUAGCAUGAUUGAUAUUCGACGACCAUUUAUCACAGCACAUUUCAAAGGUAAUUCACAUUUAUUAAUCAAUGUAUGGAAAUCAUUACGAUUUGAUAAACUAUGCCUUUAUUAUUAGUUUAAUUGAAUAUUACGAAGUUGUACUUUAUUUUUUCACUUUUGUAAACAAAUGUAUUAUUAUAUACCGAUUUAUUAAAAAAAAAACUAUUUGUAACUCUUUCAUAUUUAUUUUGCUGUUCAAUAAAUUUUACUGAUACAAA